AUGUGCAACAUAAGCACUAUUGGUCCCUAUUUAGAUUUUUCUAUUGUAGAGACAAUUUUAUGUAGUUCAAAACAAAUUGACAAGUCCUACUUAUACAAAUUUUUGGAACCAUGGCUUGGCCUUGGACUUCUUACAAGUACUGGAAACAAAUGGCGCUCUAGGAGGAAAAUGUUAACUUCCACUUUCCACUUUACAAUUCUGGAAGACUUCUUAGACAUCAUGAACGAACAAGCCAAUGUGUUGGUUAAUAAACUUGAAAAACAUGCUGAUAAAGAAAAGUUUAAUUGCUUUUUUGAUAUCACUCUUUGUGCAUUAGAUAUCAUCUGUGAAACAGCGAUGGGGAAGAAAAUUGGUGCACAAAUAAAUGAUGACUCCGAAUAUGUCCGUGCAGUUUAUAGAAUGAGUGACCUAAUACUUCAAAGAAUGAAGAGACCCUAUUUCUGGCCUGAUAUUUUAUUCUUUAUGUUUACGCAAGGAUGGGAAUACAAAAGAACCCUAAAGAUUCUACAUGAUUUUACCAACAAUGUCAUCACUGAACGGGCCAAAGCGAUGCAGAGAGAUGAGGAAUGCCGAACUGACAGUAACAACUUUCCCAAAAAGCAAAGGGUUUUUCUUGACUUGCUUUUAAAAGUAACUGAUGAUGAAGGAAACAAACUAAGUCAUGAAGAUAUUCAAGAAGAAGUGGACACCUUCAUGUUUGAGGGCCAUGACACCACCGCAACUGCAAUAAACUGGUCCCUGUACCUGUUGGGUCAUCAUCCGGAAGUGCAGAAAAAAGUGGACCAGGAACUGGAGGAAGUGUUUGGGAAGUCUCAUCGUCCUGUGACGGUAGAGGACCUGAGGAGACUCAAGUACCUGGAAUGUGUUAUUAAGGAGACUCUUCGUCUAUUUCCUUCUGUGCCUCUAUUUGGUCGUCAGCUUAAUGAAGAUUGUGUAAUUGGUGGUUGCAAAAUUUUGAAAGGCUCUGAGAUCAUCAUAGCUCCCUAUGCACUGCACAGAAAUCCAGAGUACUUCCCAGACCCUGAGGAAUUCAAGCCAGAAAGGUUCUUUCCUGAGAAUUCCCAAGGACGUCAUCCAUAUGCAUACGUGCCCUUCUCUGCUGGACCCAGAAACUGCAUAGGUCAAAAGUUUGCCAUGAUGGAGGUAAAGACCGUUCUUUCCUGGAUCCUGAGGCAUUUCUGGAUAGAAUCCACUCAGAAAAGAGAAGAACUUGGUCUGACAGCAGAGCUGAUUCUUCGUCCAGCUAAUGGCAUCUGGAUCAAGUUGAAAAGAAGAAACACAGAUAAAUCUUAG